AUGUCGUAUGCCAAACAAGUUCUUGGCUCCCAGCCUGAUGAUGAGAAAGUUCUGGGUGUAACAUGGAACAACUCCUCUGAUACUCUAGUUUUUCGCCUCGACAAGAUGGUAAACUGCGAACCAGAGUUGUUACAACCAAUUACGAAGCGUGAUCUCCUCAGUUCAACUGCAAAGAUUUAUGACCCAAUGGGAUUAAUCUCACCUGUUGUUCUUAUGAUGAAAGUUCUGUUCCAGGAAACGUGCAAGGCCGAGCUAGACUGGGACAUGCCGUUACCGUUAGAACUUAGUACUCGCUGGGAAGUGUGGAGAGCGAAUGUGUCUAGCUGUCAAGAAAUUACCAUUCCAAGAUGUGUUAUACCCGAAAACAAGGAAUUGAUCCAGUCCAUAGAGCUUCAUGGCUUUGGGGACAGUUCAAAAUAUGCCUAUGGAGCGGUGGUGUAUUUGCGAGUUGUAUCUGAGCACAAGGUUCACACGAAUAUCAUUGCAUCCAAGAGUAGAGUAGCACCCUUAACCGAGCAAACCAUUCCCCGACUAGAACUUUUAUCGGCUUUGGUUUUAGCGAGACUUAUUCACUCAGUUCAGUUAGCGUUCGCAAACGUAAUCAAGAUAACUUCAGUUUACUGCUGGUUAGAUUCGAUGAUAGCUUUAUCGUGGAUAAAGGGUACUUCUAAAGAAUUCAAGCAAUUUGUCCAAAAUCGUGUGGUAGAAAUCCGUAAGUUGGUGUCUGUGAGAGAUUGGAGAUUCUGUCCGGGACUUAACAACCCAGCAGAUAUUGUGUCAAGAGGUAUGUUACCUUCAGAACUGAGUCAGAGCAAGUUAUGGUGGAAUGGACCAGACUUCUUGGCAAGAAGUGAUCCUGAAUGGUCAAAGGACGGUGAAGAAAUUAUUUGUAUAAACGAUGAGGCUCGAAUUCAAAGCGAGAGAGAAGUCAAAUCCAAACCAACUAGUGCAGCCAGCUUGUCAUGUGCCAAUGACAAUGUUACAGAAAAGCAAUCGCAAUUAUCGUUAGAGAACAUUUUGCCAAAGGAACGAUACAGCACUCUUUGUAAACUGCUAAGAGUUACGAGUUAUGUUCUAAGAUUCAUCGCAAACCUUCGGACAAAGGUUGCAGGAACUGAACCAAAUCUAAGUCGUCUUUCCCUUGAAGAAAUAACAGAAGCGAAGCAUAUAUGGUAUAAGCACAUACAAGGAGCGAUUCAAACAAGCAAAAGUUUCAAGCAAGUUCAAGCAUCACUGGGUCUAUUCAAGGAUAAUUGUGGUAUCUGGAGAUGUGGUGGAAGAUUAUCCAAUGCUAAUAUUGAACUUUCUGCUAAACAUCCAGUUUUCUUGCCCAAUGAUCAUUGGUUUUCUACCUUGUUGGUGGAAGAAUGUCACAGGAGAGUAAUGCACAAUGGUGUAAGAGAAACACUUUGCGAAAUUCGUUCAGAACAUUGGAUUGCGAAGGGAAGACAAUUUGUCAAGAAGAUUAUUGCAAAAUGUACUACGUGCAAGAGAUACGAAGGAGGAACUUAUCAAAUACCACCUCAACCAUCAUUACCAGAUUUUCGAGUUUCUGACGAUUUUGCCUUCACGCGAGUCGGUGUGGACUUCGCAGGUCCCGUUUAUGCCAAACCAAUCUUCUCAAAAGGUACGAAAUCACCUGUUUUUAAGACGUAUAUCUGUCUAUUUACGUGUGCCUCGUCACGAGCAUUACAUCUCGAAUUGGUUCCAGAUCUAUCUACAAAGGCAUUUAUUCGCUGUUUACAGAGAUUCAUGUCCAGAAGAGGUAUCCCAAAAAUGUUUAUUUCGGACAAUGGAAAAACCUUUAAGGCAAACGAGCUUGCAGAAUUCGCAACCAGAAAUAACAUCAGCUGGAAAUUCAACAUUGAGAGAGCCCCUUGGUGGGGAGGAUUUUUUGAAAGACUUGUGAAAUCGGUGAAAAGGUGCCUGAGAAAAAUUGUUCGAAGAGCUAGAUUGACGUACGAGGAAUUGGAGACAGUCUUAGUGGAGAUAGAGGGCGUUAUCAACAGUCGUCCACUGACGUAUGUGUAUAGUGACGAAGUUUGUGAAGGUCCGUUAACACCUUCGCAUUUAGUUAUGGGUCGUCGCCUUCUCAGUCAAGCACCUGUCGUGAGAGAUGAGACUGACACUCCUGCGGGUAAUGGAAGUCUGUCGCGUCGCGCAACUUAUUUGAAGAAAUUAUUAGAACAUUUCUGGAAAAGAUGGAGUCGCGAGUAUUUGUUAGAGCUUAGAGAACGUCAUCGUGUCAAAGGAAUCAGAAGAAGUGCGAAGGCGAAUCCCAAGGAAGGAGAUAUAGUUUGCGUGUACGAAGAGAAAACUCCAAGGAAUCUAUGGAGAUUGGGAAAGGUCGAAAAACUUUUCAAAGGAAACGAUGGUCAGGUUAGAGCAGUUGCACUCCGAAUAUGGAACAAAGGAAAAGAAACAAUAACGUUGCAGCGACCUGUUCAGAAAGUAUAUCCAGUCGAGGGAUCUCGCGUUGACGAAACUACAAGUGUUCCAGUAAGAAGGUCAGAACGAGUUGCAGCUAUCGAAGCCAGGAAGCAGCAGAGCAAACGUGGACGAUAA